AUGGUCGAGAAGAGCGAAACAGAAGGGAAAGCUAACGAGUCGGACGUUGUCGAUUGGGAGGGCCCCGACGACCCAGCACAUCCUCGAAACUGGAAGCCGGGAACUAAGCUGAUACACGUCCUUCUCGUCAGCGCAUUCACAUUGUACUCGAAUCUAGCUGCGGUGAUAUUUGCCCCGGGAGCUGAUGCGCUCUGCAAAGAGUUUGGCAUUACCGACAGCGUUGUCGCUUCCCUAACUGUUACUAUCUACAUCCUGGGUUUUGCCCUCGGCCCUCUUUUCAUCAGUCCCAUGUCCGAGAUCUACGGGAGACUCGUUAUUUACCAUAUCGGGAACGGCCUCUAUUGUGCCUUCACCAUUGGUUGUGCACUAAGCACCAACACCGCCAUGUUCUUGGUUUUUCGUUUCAUUACUGGAUGUGUCGCCGCCUCUCCAAUGGCAAUAGGAGGUGGGACUAUUGCAGACCUCCACAAACAAGAGGAGCGUGGAAAGGCCAUGGCACUGUUUGGCCUCGGCCCACUUCUAGGUCCGGUAGUCGGCCCUGUUAUUGGCGGUUUUGUCACGGAAUAUCUUGGCUGGCGCUGGACAUUCUGGCUGGUUCUGAUCCUGGCUGGCGUUAUUUCUCUACUAGCCAUUCCAUUAAUGCGGGAAACGUAUGAGCCCGUUCUCCUCGAGCGUGAGGCCAAGCGACUACGGAAGGCUACCGGAAACGACCGACUCCGGCCUCGUACGCACAACAAAGACCUCAGUCAACCAGAGCUCCUAGCUCGUGCCAUUAUACGCCCGACCAGGAUGCUUCUAUUCUCACCCGUUGUCUUCCUCAUCUCUCUCUACACUGCCUUUAUGUUCAGCCUUAUAUACCUCCUCUUCACAACCUUUCCCGCUGUAUUCGAGGAAACUUACGGGUUCCGCCCUGGUCUCGCAGGACUUUCGUAUCUUGGACUGGGUCUGGGGAUGCUCCUCGCUGUCGUUCUCUUCGGCGUGCUGAGUGACAAGCUCCUCCACCAGCAACGGGGAGGGACAGUUUCCCGGCCGGAGCUCCGCUUGCUCUUGAUGAUGUGGUGCAGUCCCCUCAUGCCUAUCGGCUUUUUCAUCUACGGCUGGAGUGCCGACAAGCACACGCACUGGAUAGUGCCCAUAAUCGGAACCUUUAUUAUCGGCCUCAGCACCUUCCUUGUCAUGAUGCCCGCACAACUCUAUCUCGUGGACGCCUUUGGGUCGGAUGCUGCCGCUUCUGCUCUCGCCGCCAACACCGUGCUGCGUAACGUUACAGGAGCGUUCUUGCCUCUUGCGGGUAGUCCCUUAUACCAGAAUUUGGGACUAGGAUGGGGAAAUAGCUUGUUGGCAUUCAUUGGUUUGGGGCUUGCUCCUGUUCCAUUAUCAUUUUACAAGUACGGCGAGUAUUUGAGAAAACGAUUUGCAGUAGACUACUAA